AUGUCCGGCCCAAGAUCUCGGCCCACUGCACCUAUCGAAUCAAAGUCAAGACACAUACGAAAAAGCAUACGGACGGAUAGCAAGAUGGCAGACGUCUUCGCCAAGCUCCAGGACAAGAGCCUGCUGGUCACUUCCGGCCUGGUCGCCGGCGAGUGGAAAACCGGACAGGACGGCAAGACGUUCCCCGUCUACGAGCCGUCCAGCGCGACGGUGCUGCAGGAGUGCGCCAACCUGAGCCGACAGGACUUUGUCGACGCGAUCGAGAGCGCAAAGAAGGGAUCCGCCAAUUUCCACGAGUCAACGACAGCAAAGGAACGAGGGGCGCUGCUCCGCAAGUGGUACGACCUGGUCAUCGCCAACGCCGACGAUUUGGCCCUGAUUCUGUCCCUCGAGAACGGCAAGACUUUCGCCGAGGCCCGGGGCGAGGUGGUGUACGCGGCAUCCUUCAUCUCGUGGUUCGCCGAGGAGGCGACGCGGUCGUACGGCGACACGAUCCCGUCGUCGUACGCCAACACGACGGUCCUGACGUUCAAGGAGCCCGUGGGCGUCUGCGGCAUCAUCACGCCGUGGAACUUCCCCGCGGCCAUGAUCACCCGCAAGAUCGCGCCCGCGUUCGCCGCCGGGUGCUCCGUCAUCGUCAAGCCGCCGAGCGAGACGCCCUUCAGCGCGCUGGCGCUCGCCAAGCUGGCGCUGGCCGCGGGCAUCCCGUCCGACAUCAUCCACGUGGUGCCGACCAAGGACAGGGAGGCGUCCAUGGAGCUGGCCAACAACCCCGUCGUGAAGAAGCUCAGCUUCACCGGCUCGACGGGCGUCGGCAAGAUGCUUACCAAGGCCGCUGCGGGCACCAUGAAGCGCGUGAGCAUGGAGUUGGGGGGCAAUGCGCCGUUCAUCGUGUUUGACGAUGCAGACAUUGACCAGGCCGUCGAGGGCGCGUUGAUCUGCAAGUUCAGAUGCUCCGGCCAGACUUGCGUGGUAAGUACACGAGUCCCCCAGGCCUAUCUAACAACACACAUCCUCCUCCAGCUAACACAUGACUACAAGUGUGCCAACAGACUACUAGUCCACGAGAAGGUUCAAGAAGAGUUCAUUGAGAAGCUCGUCAAGCGCGUCAAACAAUACAAGCUCGGCCGAGGCAUCGACGAGGGCACCACCCAGGGACCCCUCGUCAACGCCGCCGCCGUCAAGAAGGUCGACGCCCACGUCCAAGACGCGCUCAAGAAGGGCGCCGUCCUCCACACGGGCGGCAAGGCGCCCGAGGGCCUCGAGGGGUACUUCUACGAGCCGACGGUCAUCAGCGGGGUCACCACGGAGAUGGAGGUCGCGCACGACGAGACGUUCGGUCCUCUCGCGGCCAUCUUCUCCUUCAAGACCGAGGCCGAGGCAGUCGAGCUGGCCAACGCCACCGAGUACGGCCUCGCCGGGUACUUCUUCAGCAAGGACAUCUCCCGCGUCAUGCGCGUGGCGAGGCGGCUGGAGUGCGGCAUGCUGGGGGUCAACACAGGCCUCAUCAGCGCCGCCGAGGCGCCGUUCGGCGGCGUCAAGGAGAGCGGGUUGGGCCGCGAGGGCAGCAAGUACGGCCUGGCGGAGUACCAGAACAUCAAGUCAGUCACCAUCGGCAACCUUGGCUUCCACUGA